GGCGUGGCCCAGCCGGAAAGGGCGUGGCGCUGGCGCCGGAAGUGCCUGCAGGAGCCGCAGGGUGUGUAUGUAUGGUAAUAGUGCAGCGGGCUGCCGCGCUCCGAGACGCUUCCUCCGUCCGGGAACGAGUCCUUGAGGCCUCCUGAGCCGCCUUCCUGCGCCUUACUCCCGCCUCCCACUCCACUCCGCGCCAGGAAUAACCAUGGAUAAAAGUGAGCUGGUACAGAAGGCAAAACUAGCUGAGCAGGCAGAACGCUAUGAUGAUAUGGCUGCUGCCAUGAAGGCUGUUACUGAGCAGGGACACGAGCUGUCCAAUGAGGAAAGGAACCUGCUCUCCGUUGCCUACAAGAACGUGGUUGGUGCCCGUCGCUCUUCCUGGCGUGUCAUUUCUAGCAUUGAACAGAAAACGGAGCGGAAUGAGAAGAAACAGCAGAUGGGAAGAGAAUAUCGUGAGAAGAUUGAGGCUGAGCUGCAAGACAUCUGCAACGAUGUUCUGGAACUAUUGGAUAAGUAUCUUAUUGUUAAUGCCACACAGCCAGAAAGCAAGGUCUUCUAUUUGAAAAUGAAAGGAGAUUACUACAGAUACCUUUCAGAGGUGGCAUCUGGAGACAGCAAGCAAACAACGGUAGCAAAUUCUCAGCAGGCAUAUCAAGAAGCAUUUGAAAUCAGUAAGAAAGAGAUGCAGCCAACACACCCUAUUCGACUUGGACUGGCACUCAAUUUCUCUGUGUUCUACUAUGAGAUACUAAACUCGCCUGAGAAAGCUUGUAGUCUGGCAAAGACAGCAUUUGAUGAAGCGAUAGCUGAACUGGAUACACUGAAUGAAGAAUCUUACAAAGAUAGCACUCUGAUUAUGCAGCUACUUAGAGACAACCUUACUCUAUGGACAUCGGAAAACCAGGGAGAUGAAGGGGAAGCUGGGGAGGGCGAGAACUAAUGGCUGUCACGCUUCACUGUAUGUUCAAUGUCACUCUGUAUCCUACACAUUAUAUCCUUUUGUGCGACAAGCAAAAAGAAUAGUACAUCGACUUCACAACCUCAACGUAGCAAACUGUCUGUGGGGUAAAAACAAUUGGUUGGUGUUCUGUGUACGUAAAAUGGAGAUCAGUUGAGCAAUGGCAUUCUGAACCUUUCCUCUUAUGAACACUUGCAGUUAUGAUUACUGUUUAUAUUUUUUUAACUGAACACUGUGAUUAUGGGUUUUGCAAUUGCAGUUGACUUUACAAAACUCUAAAUGAUGGAAAAAUAGACACAAAUCAUGUAGUUCCUUGGAAAGAUUAUAAUCUGGUAUUAAAGCAGUCGAAGUACAAUUCUGUUGUAAAGUUGUACAGAAAAUUAUAGAGAUUAUAUUGUGACACUGCAACAUGGAAGGGUAACAAUCUCUUGUGUGGCAUUCCAGUUCAGUAGUUCACGUAUGUGAAUUUAAUGGGUACGUUCAUUCAGACUUUUUUAAAGUAAUGAUGCUGGACACACUGCUUUUCAGCCAAUCACUCAUGUAAGUGUAAAUCUUUUCUGAGGCUUCAAUUUAAGGCAAGGGGAAAUGAAAGCCUAACUUCCAGACAUCUUACAGUGGCAGAAACCUGGGGCUUUGUUUCUGGACACAAUUCCAGUGCUUUUACCAUGGGUAUCAUUGAGCCCCUUCCCAUAGCAAUAAGUUACAUAUUUACCGCAUGGACUGAGUAGUGAAUUUCUAGUGCACUACCAAGGCAUUUCAACCAGAUAUUUCUAUUUAUGGCCUUAUUAGUUUGCUGGGUAGUCAUGCUAACAGAACUUUUCUUCCCCAGCUUAAAAAAGUUGAAACUUAAUAUCUCCCUCUUUCUCUCCUCCCCCGCCCCACCCACUUCAAGGAGAAUGCCUAUACCAUUAAAUAAUUUGACAGAGCUCUUGUUUGCAUGGAAUGUGUUCUUCCAUCCUUCUCCACCCCCACCCCUCAAUUUAAAGUCUGGGCUCCUUCGUGCGUGUGUGUGUGUGUGUGAUAGUCUGUGGUGAUGGGAGAGGUGUAAGUAUGCUGGAAGACAGGUCUCACUUAGAUACGAAAGAGCUCCCUAUGCUAUUUGGUAGUUCUCUGCUCUCAGUAUCUGCCGUUCCUGGAUCAUAACCAAGAUUGGGCUCUUAUUCAAGAUUCCCCAUAGCUGCCUUAGAAUACAGACCAUACACACAUGUAUUGCUUGUUAGCUUGAAGUACUACAGUUUCAAAUGUUCAAUAGUUUCCAAACACGUCCAAUCAAAUACUAGUAUUCAAUAGGAGUUGCAUGAAUAAUGCAGUGGAAAGAUUUGAAUACUCACCCUAUUUGUCUUUUCAGUACCAUUCCUCUACCUAUAACAUUCCACUUAGUUCAUAGAAUCCAUCUGUUUGUCCAUCUGUCUGCUGAAGAGAGAAAUUCAUGCACUGAUUUCAAAAUUCCCCUCUACUAGCUGAACAAAUUGUGCAGUUAUCCAUGGCGCUUCAUAAAUGCAGUACUGUAGUGAAUGUGGAACCGAGCCUGUCUGUAUAUCUGGUAGCUCUUUUUGCUUUGUUUCUACUGACCAGUAUUUUGCCUAAAGUUUGCUUCUGUGAUGGUUGUAUUGCCUAGCACACGUGGUUGUGAGAAUAGUAUAGCAAAAAGAAAUACCUGGUUAUCGAUGUACUAGAUUUGUGUAUGUCUUUUAAACAGUUCUAGUUUCACCUUACACAAUCAGGAAAGUGUAAAAGAAUUCAGACAAUAAAAAAUUUUAUCAGUU